UGUGCGAGAAAACACAUCCCAGAAGUACAUAGUAGCAGGCUCACAUCAAACAAAUAAAGAGAAGCACCAACUGGGGACCAAAAGAAGCAGAAACAUAAUCGGAUGUCAUAAGACUUCAAAGACAGUUGUGCUGUAACCAUAAAGAACUAGUGAUGAAGAAACCCAAACUGAUUCUACUCAAAACGCCCACAGAAAAACAAAGGGAAGAUGAUUCAAGCUGGGAAAGGUCAUAAUACUCCCUAGGCAUGGAAUUCCGCUGCACAAAGGGAUUUGGGAAGAUAUUUUUAUUUUGAAGCCAGCAUAUAUAUAUAUAGUUUUAUUUUUAACACACCAGAGAAAAGAAAAAAAUGGAUAAAUUUCGUAUGAUCUUCCAGUUCCUGCAGUCCAACCAGGAAUCCUUUAUGAAUGGAAUAUGCGGUAUUAUGGCACUGGCAAGCGCCCAUCUAUACACUGCAUUUGACUUCAACUGCCCUUGUCUUCCUGGAUACAACAUGUCUUAUGGCAUGGGUGUUCUCAUUGUGCCUCCCAUUGUGCUGUUUCUCUUAGGCUUUGUCAUGAACAACAAUGUGUCCAUGUUGGCAGAAGAAUGGAAGAGACCAACGGGGAUGAGGCAGAAGGAUGCUGCAGUUCUGCGUUACAUGUUUUGUUCCGUGACCCAAAGGGCAUUGAUUGCCCCGGCUGUAUGGAUAUCAGUGACAUUACUGCAUGGCAAGUGUUUUAUAUGUGCUUUCAGCACUUCUGUGCCCCUUGAUAAACUUGGAAAUAAGACAGACCUAAAUCUGUCCGAGAAGGAAGUCAACAGAAUAUUGGCCAGACUUCCUUGCAAAGACAUUUACGAUGGGCAUGAAAUUGUUGCCCAGGAAGUGGCAGAGCGAUACUUACGAUGCAUCUCCCAGGCAGUGGGAUGGGCCUUUGUAUUAAUCAUGACCUUCGUGGCAUUUCUUGUGCGAGCUAUCCGCCCUUGCUUUACACAAGCUGCUUUCCUGAAAAGCAAAUACUGGUCCCACUACAUUGAUAUUGAGCGCAAACUUUUUGAUGAGACCUGCAACGAGCACGCAAAGAGCUUUGCAAAGAUGUGCAUCCAACAGUUCUUCGAGACCAUAAAUAAAGAUUUGGCCAUGGGGCACUCGCACAUGUUAGAGGAGAAGGAAAAGGAGAAAGAAGAGAGUGAGAAACUUUUGGGCAUCACCGACCAAAGAACGAUGAAUAAGGCGCUAAAGAACUGGCACGAAUGUAAGCCGCCACUCAACUUGACCAAAUACGAGAUGCAUAAUGGCAAUGGGUGCCUCAACGGAAAUCACAAAAUCAAUAACUUAAAUGUACCAAAAAGGGAAUUUGUGGCUUAUUAUAGCAAAGUAUAACAAAUUUGAUAUAUUAUGGAUAGAAAACACUAUGGGGCAAAUUCAC